AUGUCCAAACCUCCUGUAACAUGCCAUAUUCUCGAUACGACCAGUGGAAAACCAGCCGAAGGCGUCGUAUGCUCGAUCUAUAAACUGGCAAUCGACGAUUCCUCUGACGAUACACAAGUGUUGUGUGAAAAUGCCGAUGCUCCCUUUGCUUUGGCAAAAACCAACUCCGAUGGACGAAUCGCCAAUUGGAUUUUUGCACCGGAACCGUCCAAAAGACAGCUUUUGAAAAGCCUUGGAAUCGUGGAGCAGGAUUCGGAAUCAGAACCGUUGGCCUGGGAAUCCUUGGUUCCUGGAUUUUACAAAAUUAGAUUCCAGGUAUCAAAAUACUAUGCCCGUGAAGGCAAACCCUGUUUCUUCCCCCAUGUGGAUAUUGCCUUCACGGUGACAGAUGCAAGACACUACCAUAUUCCGCUUCUUCUCAGUAGCUACGGCUACACAACUUAUCGUGGCAGCUGA